AUGGCCCAAUGUACGACCAUCGUCGCAGCGCUCAUCGCCGUUGCCCUCGUGACCGCGGCUGCUUUUGUACCAGCAGCAACCACGUCCAUAGCCUCUACCGGCACGCAGAAGGAAGUGACCGAUGACAACACGAUUCCAGCCAUCGCCGACACGAACCUGGUACCUGCAGGAGGCACCGCAUACUCUACGGAGGGCAGCAGUGCCAGCACCUUCGGCAUGCAGAAGGAAGAGACCAGAGGCAACGAGAAACCAACCCUCGGUGGAUCUGUUGGAGUUGGCAAGAAUGCCAUCUACGGGUAA